UCCGCUUCCGGCGGCGGCGGGAUGGGGUCGGUGGCGGCGGAAUGGCGGGUGUCGCCGGUUCUGGUGCCGGUGUUGGUGCUGGCGCUGGGCGCGGCGGUGCACGGCGGCCCCGGGCCCGUCACCUGCGGCUCCGUGGUGAAGCUGCUCAACGUGAAGCACAAUGUCCGCCUGCAUUCGCACGAUGUGCGCUACGGCUCCGGCAGCGGGCAGCAGUCGGUGACCGGGGUGUCGUCGUCGGAUGACGGGAACAGCUACUGGCGGGUGCGGGGCCGCACGGCGGCCGUCUGCGAGCGGGGCACGCCGGUGCGCUGCGGACAGGCCAUCCGCCUCACCCACCUGGGCACCGGCCGCAACCUCCACAGCCACCGCUUCGCCUCCCCGCUCUCCGGGAACCAGGAGGUGAGUGCGUUCGGGGAGGCCGGCGAGGGCGACUACCUGGACGACUGGACAGUGGUGUGCAGUGGGACCUACUGGUCGCGGGAUGGCGAGGUGCGCUUCCAGCACGCCUCUACCGAUGUCUUCCUCUCAGUGACGGGGGAGCAGUACGGGCGGCCCAUCCACGGGCAGAAGGAGGUGCACGGCAUGGCCGCCUCCAGCCAGAAUAACUACUGGAAGGUGAUGGAGGGCAUCUUCAUGCAGCCCAGUGAAGUCUUCAAAGCGGAGCAGUACCAUGCUGAGUUGUGACGGACAGACAGACUGCUGCCGAGCCUCUGGGCACUGCCUUGCGGUGUUUGGGGCCACUUGACCCAGGAGAUGGCUCCUGUCCCCACCCAGGUCUGACACACACCAGGACACAGAGUCCCAAAUCCAACACGACACAGAUCCCACUGUCCUGAAUUCGAGGUGGAGUGGAUCCUGCUGUCCCAAAUCCCAAGGUCCAGACCUGACCAAAGCAGAGCCCAACAUCCAAGAUUCAACAUGAAGCAGGUCCCCACAUCCUAAAUCCAACCCAAAGCAGAUCCUAAUGUCCGGACCUGACCCAAAGCAGAGCCCAGCAUCCGAGAUCCAGCACAAAGCAGGUCCCCACAUCCCAAAUCCAGCACAAAGCCGAGCCCAAUGUCCAGACCUGACCCAAAGCCAAGCCUAACAUCUAGAUCUAACCCAAAGAAGCUGAGCUCAACAUCCAGACCUGACCCAGAGCAGAUUCCUGAGUUUCCCCAACCCUUCCCUUGUAGCUCCCUCUUCUGCUCCCCCUGUCCCCUCCAGCCGAGGACCCCAAAGGACUGCCGUCCCCCGGGAGCUGUGCCCCGUCACCCCCCCACUGCCCCCCAACCGCUCUCCGUGCCCGGCGGGGCCCUGGGGCCCAUAAAACAGCUAAACCCUC